AUGCCGAAACACAGCAAAGUGCCACUCAGCGCAGUGCGCACCCUAACACUCCGGCAGGGUGCCAAAACCACGGCGCGGCGCACCAAGGCUGUCCCUCAGCUGACCUGCAAUGGCAAGUACUGCCAAUACGCCCCACGCGUGGUCCAGUGCCGGCAGGAGGGGCAUGACGGUGUGUCGCCGCAGUGGGCUUGCACCGCAGACCUCCCGUCCUCUCUUUCUUUCGGACAGCUCGAGGUCGUCUGCGAGGGAUGGGCCAAGCCCGGCGAUUCCGAUAUCCUCGCUGGGUCUUGUGCGCUCGAGUACGAACUCGUG